AUGGAAGCGACAUCUCGAUGUUUCUCGGUAGUACUCCCUCCUCCACCGUUUUCCUUCGGCAAAACGAGAUUCUUGCAUGGGAAAAGAUUGAGGGCCAUGGUUUUUGCAGCUGGAAGAGACUCCCACGAGCCAGACCAUAGAGGAUCCUGCUGGGUCGAUGAAAGCAUGAUAAUUUUGAGGAAACGCAUUCACGAGAUGAAGGUGAUUGAGAGGAAUUACGAGCCUCCGGAGGAAUGGAUGGAAUGGGAGAAGCAAUAUUACGCAUGCUAUGACGAAUCUAUUUGUGAUUGGGUAGGAUUACUGCAAUCAUAUUUGAUGAACACUAGGCCUAGUUUGGCUCUUGGGUUGCUUGCACUCGUCACGUUGGGUGUCCCGACUACGACGGUCAUGAUUCUGCUUCGUUUGAUGGAGGUGGCUAAUGGGUUCUUCUCCGCCGUUCAUCACGUUUGA